UCAUUAUGGUCCAUUUCCUAGGCAACCAUCAUUACACAAACAUUUUUAUCAUUUUCGCAUUAAAAUCUAAAUUCUAUGAAAAAUAAUAUUUACAUUCUUGACAUUCCAUAAUGAUAUCCAGAAAAGAAAAUUUAUUAAUGAGACCGUGGCAGCAAAGAAAAUUUGACCACCACCGCCAAAAGGUGAAGUCUGCUUUGCCAGCUAUAGAUUCUGGAUCUCCACAUUGCAGAGACCAUGUUUCUAUGAAACUGAAAAAACUACAGAAAGAGAAGGAAAGAUGCAAAAAUAUUGAAGAGGGCAAUUACUUAUUAUUAAAAAAACUGAAUUACAUCAUGAGAACAAGAAGAAUAGAUAAUACGUGGAGGACUCCUCAGCCAAAUUUUUUAAACAGAAUUCCCAUAUACAAUAAUGUUGUACCCCAAAUUGAAGAUCUUAUUGAAUUGGACUUCACCCAUAUUGAAGAAGAUGAUGACUAUAAGCCAAAGAAUAGAAAACUGAAGUGUGUUGCUUGUACUCCCAAAAAAACUAAAGAAAUAAAAAUACCUGAAGAGAGAAUCCCUUGGGAACCUGAAAAAAUACCUGUGAACAGGUUUCGCAGCAAAUCUGUCCCAGUAAGAAAACAUCAGCCUCUACCCAUAAUUAAGGAAAAAUCUGAAAGCAAGCCCUCCUCCAGUAAAGAACGUAACAGGGAGAGAAAAGAAAAGGCUCCGAAACUGAAGAAUGAAGAUGCUUUCGACCAAUUUAGAAUCAAAGAACCUCAGCGCAUAGUUCUCAGUAGGGGUUGCUUAAAAUUAUCUGUAAAUUUUCCUUCAGAUACAAUAGUAACCUUUCAAGAGGGAAAUGUUGAGAAGUUUCUAAUGAGAGGAGUUUGUCAUUGUAAACUGUCUCCAAAAGAAGUGUUUUGACACUUUUAUCCUAUAUUGUGGAUGAUAAUAUCAUACUUUUGUGCAAUUCGUUUCUUGGCAAAUAUACUUAUGGGUAAAGUUUUGAAAACAAAUAAAUACAGGCAGUGUGACCCCACACACUAGAACUGCAUCAACACUCUUCUUGACACGUGUUUCAUCAUCCAAGUUGGCGUCUGCAUUAGAUGAACCAUACUGAAAUAAGUAUAAUUAUCUUCUGCUGACGCUAAUUUGUCUGAUGAAAUGUGAGACGACAAAUUGUUGCAUUCCUGAUGUUUUGUAGCGGUGUCUGUGGUGGAUUCAUUCAUUUUGCUCCAGAGAGAUUCCAGUUCUAUCUUUUGUUAAAUUGAAAUAUUAAAUUCAUCAAAUCUUUCCAUCUUUUCAUCAUUAUAUAGAAUAAAAUUUCGAAACAAAAUUAAGAAUUCUUUUAUAUUUGCUAUGUUACUCCUCUCGGUUGACACGGAUCGUUUUGUUAGGGUAGUUCUAUAAUAAUGUUAUUAUUUUAAGUAUAAUAUAUCUUAUAAAUACUG